AUGCUUCCGGAAACACCAGAUCUCAUGCGUACCAGACGUCGAUUCCACGACUACCUACAACGAGCAUGCUUCCGGAAACACCAGAUCUCAUGCGUACCAGACGUCGAUUCCACGACUACCUACAACGAGCGUGCUUCCGGAAACACCAGAUCCCAUGCAUUGACUUCAGACUACACCAUCAAACGCCCGGCCUUUGCCCCAGCAUUAACACCAGGCAGUCAAAGCAGCUUACGCUGGCAACGAACGUACCAGCAAGCAGCACGGGAGUAUGCAUCGAGUCCAACGGUGCGCACUGGACGACGAAAGCACCUCCUCCUGCAUAGCGCUCUCGAGCGCAAGCACGGCCCCUGGUGUACCUGGUUGAACGAAGGCCCAACACAGACGCAGGCAGGAGCGAUUCCCAGCCGAGGCGGCAGCGGAUGCUACCGCGCUGUCGCCGCUCAAGCCUGCUACGCCCUGCCAGCCAGGUGCUUUCCGCAUGAGCUGGCAGCCGAGGUGCUGAUGCGGAGCUUCGGGCGACAACGUUUCUCAUUAGGACUGUGGGUAUGCGCGGUGUAUACGCUGAUAAUCUGUGCAUCAUUAUGUAUCGGUAUUUCGCAGAGUUUUUUGCCUGCAGCGGUGCGGCGCAGCGUGAAGGCACUCCACGUUGACGUAGUAGCACCCUGGAACGCAUCAUCGUUGCCGCUAGAGCUUUUAGAAGGCAUACGCAGAAUAUAUUCAGAUCGCUUGUUCUGGAGUUUAUUGGACCAGAUCGCGGACGGGACUGAUCUACUUCGCAGCGCUAACUCGGACUCGGAGCGCGAGCUCAGUGCCAUACGCUGGCUGCGAACGCGGCUGGAGCUUGCGUGGACCGCAGCUGCCGCUGAUCUGACUUCCUCAGUAGAGGCUGACGCGUUGACUGCAGCGGUUCGCCAAGCGUGGAGAAGUUUGGAAGUACUCGUUGUCCAGCGUGUUUACGCCGCACGCCUACAGCUCCAUGAGCGUUUGGAGACGGACGAUCGCGAUCAGCUGGAGCCCGCUCUGAACGCAGUAGACUCCACGUGGGUACUCCUCGUAUGCGGUGCGGAACGCAUCCCGAUCGCCGAUGAAGCAGCGCUCGCUUCCCUUGGUCAUCAUGUUGAUGCUUGUCGCAGUCGCUUCCCGCGAAACAUAGACGAGGUACAUCGCUGGAAUCUUGCCUCCCAACGCUUCCUGCUGCCGUCGGAUACGGUCCUGGGCUGUGUCGGUGGCAGUGCAGCAGCGCCGCAUGUCCCGGGCGACAAACGCUGGACCGAUCAGUCUGGUACUGAACCGCUCAUCGCUGCCAUUCUGUACACAGAUGUUUUCCGUGACGAUGCGUUCUCCGCUUUUCAUCGUGCAGUCCGUGAACGUGCCCAGAACUGCGAGCUCGUCUACGUCAUUCGGAUGCGGAGAGCGGCACCGAGUCGAGCGGCGCUAACGGCCGACUUUUCCAGUGACGCGACGCAGAUGAUGUCAUUAAGCGGCUACACAGUAGAGCUGGCGCUGAAAAGCUCCGAUUACGUGGUGCUAGACACGAAGCAGAACGAGACGCUCUGGUUGCAGCGCAACAAGACGCAACAUGUCAGACAGCGUGGUGCCGCAGGAUCUGUUGCGAUCGACAUUCAGGACCUCGAUAAGGAUGAAAUCCAAGCGACUCUGGAUGCGCUGCUCAUGCAAUCGCUUUGGUCGGAAGCGACGAAGCACACUGGUGCAUCUGAAACGCUAGAGGAGUUGCUGAUGGACCUGACGGGAUCGCUGCUGCAGGGUAUCGAGCAGCUGGGCAAUGAUCUUCCGAGCAUUGGCGCCGCUCUCUGGAAGGAGGCCAAGGCAGAGCCUUCGUUUGCGGCUUCCGUGGCGCAAAGCCGAGCUCUGCUCACAGCGUCUGCGGAGAACCUCAGUCGCCUGCAUCCUGAACUGCACUGGGACAACCUGCCUUCGGUCUUAUUUCUCAAUGGACGACAGGUCAGCCCAGACGCUUCAUCGGUGGCGCUCUGUGCCGCCAGCAUCGCUGCCGCACAUUUGGCUGCUUACCGUAUCUGGGACAUGAUGGAUCCGCUGAAAACAGCGGCGAUUGAUGAUCGAGAACGCUUUCUUGCGAACAUCACCCAUCGUCAAAGCGAAGCUGAAGCAAGUACGACAAUCGUCGAUACGCGCCUCUACCUACCGGCACUCUUAGAUUGUACAGAGGAAUCCGACAGCGAUCCUGUACAAUCGGUGGAGCAGCUUUUCAUUUUCCGCCUGAAUGACAUAGAGCGGGAUCGCAAAUACCAGAACUGGAGUCCGAGCUUCCAGGAGCUGCUGCAGAGCCCCAGCGCAAAGGCAUUUCCGAAACUACGUCGAAACGCUUUCCGGCUGGUGGCCUUUGUGAACCCAGGCUCCGCGGCUGGACUCGAAGCGUCCGCUCAGUUGAUCCAAUGGGUCAAGAACCGCGACCCCGUCCUUCCCUUUCAGAUAUCGCUGGUGCUGGUGCCACCGCAUGAGGCAGCGUACCGGUGGAACGCUUCAGCCGGUGACACCGCGGGUGCACCACGCUCUCCUUGGUCGCGCGCUCUGGGCAUGCUGAGGUCGCUGGGAUGGAGACGCGGUGAUCUCCAGUCGCCUGGGGAGCUCCCCCCAAGGCGCUCUCCAUUGGAACCGUCAACGGAUGCGGUCAUCUGCCGAGCAGUAUACUACUUGCUGCAUGUGCGGCGUUCCCGACGAGCAGCGGCCUCGUUUCUGAGCGAGUUGCACGCAACGGUACAGCGGGAACACCCGCUCGCUGCACUGUGGAUGCUGCAGGGACUCGGGGGCCGCUCGAGCACCAUCGCGCUGCCGCCGUUACCACCAAGAGCUGACCAGGUCCGACGCGUCUUCCUCCAGACAGCAGCGGGCAUGCAAGCGGCUUCUCCGAAUCAGACCUCGUCCAGCUUCGAUGCCGAACACGACUACGAAUCGCUGAUUCUACAUCCGCACGGCAAGAAGCGAGUCUUGGGUGCGUUGUUCGGUCUCCGCAGCGGCGGCGCUGCUGCUGCUGCAAAGGUUCACGACUCGAGCCAGUGCGCGAUGCUGGUGCACGCGGAAGUACGCACUCGUCAGUGGCUACGGAGCAUUGGUCUGCCUGCCGAUACGUCAGCGUUGCUAGCUCUGAAUGGAAAGCGCAUCGGCGACCUUGCAAAGGAUCCCGUAGAUGCGUCCACCGUCUUUCGAUACCUGAACGCUGAAGUGCAGCGACUCGCUGAGCUGACACGCGCGGGACUCGCUCCCGACGCAGCCUGUGUGGACGACGUUGUCUACCAGACAUCGAGCUGGCGCACAUCGACAACGGUCACACCAGGGCCGUAUCCAUCGCCUAGACGCAAGGAGAGCGCCACUGCUGCGGUUCUGGCAACGAGACUGGUGCUUGUGCCGGCCUUUGAGACGCAGUUGCUCUCAGCAACAUCCCAGCUGGUCUCGGGAUCGACAGCGCUACAGCAGGAGCACAUCGAGCAGGGCCUGCAGUCGAUUGCACUGCUCUGGGAUGCGCUCUUUGCACAGCAGCAACAGCAUACCCAGGGCGAUGCAGUGCAUCUCCUGAACAUCCCGUAUCGCUUGGCAGUUGUGGAUGCGGCUGACGCCCACGACGAUGGAUGCCAGCCGCCAUUGACCGUGUGGCUUCUUCUCGACCUGGAUACAACUUUCGGCUGCAGGUUUCUCCACGAUGCGAUGCGCGUACUCGCGGAACAGCAGUGGACGCAACCGUCACACCAUCCGGGAGCAGCUGCAUGGCCGUCUGCGGUACGACUCGGGCUCUUUCAUACGGGUCUCCAGGCGGGCCCAGUUGCUCGAUCGCUUAUGCAGCUGUGGACAGCGACACCUGCGAAUGCGUCGCGCUCUUCGAUGCAACUCGAUGACGCCCUGAGACGGCGCCUGGAGCGCAUCUGUGGUGGCGUGGAGGUGAGCCCUGCAUCCACAGCGCCUACCCUAACGGGCACACCAGCACCAAAUUGGCUCCGAUUGUUGUUCUCUGGCGGCUGGGGCGUCGACCCAGGUCAACUAGCGCUCGUUGUCAACGGUAGACGGUAUCGAAUCGAUCGGGACGAGGUUUGGGCACAUCACGCCGCUGCGCUCUUCAAGGCUGUCCUCCAGCGGGAAGCGGCUCUGAUGGAGGCUCGUUGCGGCUCGUACAUCAUUCGGCAAACAAAGCCGCUAUCUGGGCGCUGCAGCCCUGUGGAUCAGUCGCAUCAAGCGGAUGCGGUCUUGAUCUCCACGAUCCUCGCAGACGUUUUGGAUGGAAGCUGCAGGCCCAGUGGCGGAUCGCUUCUAGUGCAGCAGUCGCCCAGCGAGCUACCGCUUGACUCGCUUCGUCGUUUGCGGCACCUGGUGCCUGCACUGCGGUAUCGCAAGGCGCCCGCAGUACCCAGGCAGCACACUGGAAGCGCGCUGCGAGCAGAGGGCCUCAUUGCACCAUUCACAGCCGCUGAUGCUUCGUUCACCCUGGUGCUACGCAAGUUACUUGGCGAAGCACUCGACGCUGAACUCGAUGUCACGCUGAACCCGCGACUCCAGUGGCGAGGCGAUGACGGACGCCUGCUCCAGCCGCGGUACGUACGCUCCAAGCUGGUGACGCGUUUCGCAGAUGCCCUGGCGAACGGUACCAGCGCCAGCGUCAUCUUCGAUCGACUUGCCGAGCACCGGAUCCACAGCGUUCACCUGCGGACACCAGCAACCUGGUUCACAACAGUGCAGCAUGCUGAGCUGGAUCCAGACAAUGUGGCACUGGUGCAGUGGGCACCCCCAGGUACGCCUUCGCAUCGCUCCAUUCGAUACGAACUGAGCAAGCUCAUCGUAGAGGGCUUCGUCGUCGAUCGGCAGCCGUCUACACGAGCACCUGGCCUCGCGUUACGCCUGGAGCAGCAUGGCGGCAUUCGACACCCGGAUCACUGCAGUCGUGAGCGUCGGUCUCGGGUCGAGACUGUCGUGAUGGAGGGUUCCGGCUACUUUCAGCUGGCAUUGACACCGGGCAUUUGGCGUCUUGUGCCGAUACCGAUUCCCUCGGCGUUCGGGAGGCAACGCGAUGACCUCUCGAUUGCCCUUGUCGAGGCGCAACGCGCGCCUUAUGCCGCUAGACUUGUGGACCUGCAGCCGAUCGAUGCCAGCAACGCCACGUUAUUGGUUGUGGACGACUUGUGGGGCCAGUCGACACAGUCACAGCCGCUGCUGCUAUUGCGUGUGGCGCACCUGCAACGUACCUGGUAUGAGCGCGUCUGGGCGCUCGUCGCUGCCCUUCGGACGUCGUCACAAGUGCAGCGUCGCGAGCGUCUCUGUCUACCGCCGAGCGCAUCAUCGUCGUCGUCAUCAUCAGCGGACAAGCGUCCUCUGAUACAUCUGUUCUCGAUUGCCUCUGGGCAUUUGUACGAACGACUGCUUCGAAUCAUGAUGCUGAGUGCGGUCCGAGCGACACCGAGGUAUCGCUGCAAGUUCUGGCUGGUGGGCAACUUUCUGUCGCCCAGGUUUCGUGCCCAGUUGCCACGACUAGCACAUCGCCUCGGCUUCGACUACGAACUGGUAUGGUAUGCCUGGCCUCGAUGGCUACGGCCGCAGCACGAGAAACAGCGCCUGAUCUGGGCGUAUAAGAUUUUAUUCCUAGAUGUUUUGUUCCCGUCGGAUGUGGAACGUAUCAUCUUCAUCGAUUCGGAUCAAGUGGUUCGCGGUGACCUCGGUGAGCUCUGGGAGCUGGCCCUCGGAUCACGUGCUGUCUACGGUUUCGUGCCGUUUUGUGACGAUCGUCCCGAAAUGGAUGCGUAUCGGUUUUGGAAGCGAGGAUUCUGGGCGAAACACCUACGCGGGCAACCGUACCACAUAUCAGCGUUGUUCGUUGUUGAUCUGAAACGUUUUCGCGCACACCGUGCCGGUGACACGCUUCGAGCGUUGUACCAGAGACUGAGCGCCGAUCCAGAGUCGCUUUCGAAUUUGGACCAGGAUCUGCCGAACUAUGCAAGUGUGCCGCUGGCUGAGCAAAGCGGUACCAUGAACGCUGCUGAACCGCUGGUUCCCCUCGAAUCCCUACCGUCCGAAUGGCUCUGGUGCGAGACCUGGUGCAGCGAACAGAGCAAGGCUCGUGCCAAAACCAUUGAUCUCUGUAAUAAUCCGAGUACACACGAGUCGAAACUCGAAAGCGCUCGCCGUAUCAUUCCGCAUUGGGACGAACUGGAUACAGAGGCUACCGCAGCAGCGACGCUGGUCGAUGACCACGCCUGGGAAGCAUUCGUUGCACAGCGGGAGCAAUCGAUGCACCCUACCCGUCAUGAUGAGCUACGCUGA